AUGUCAGCCGGGAACUCUGCACCACAGUGGCAGCGUGUUAUUGAAGAAGCUUUAGAGCAGGACAAGAAGGCUAAUGUUUAUCAAUUCGCAACGAUUCAACGAAGCGAUUCGCUUAGGGAUGUGCCAAUCCCUUGCGUCCGUUCACUAAUUCAUCGUGCCUUCGUCACUCCGCGCUCUGCCGCCCAUCCCUUCCUACUCACGACAACCGACGCACGUACGCCCAAGGUCUCACAACUUGCAAAAAGCCCUUACGUAGAGCUUGCAUGGUGGUUCCCUCAACAACAAUCUCAAAUGCGUAUCGCCGGAUUUGCAUAUGUCUACCCCGCUCCGGACUUCAUACUCACAGGAGCAGACACAGCUCCCGGGGAGAAGAAGCGCGAUAUCGAGAGGAGUGUGGCUGGGCUGCGCGGAUCGUUCCCUGGUACAGAGCUUGCAGGAGGAGGGGAGUUUGACUGGGAAAAGGAGCGUCGUGCUAGGUUUGAUGGUAUGAGUGGACAUAUGCGCGCUUCGUGGUUACGUCCUGUACCUGGGACGCGUCUUGUCGAUCCCAAUUCGGCGAAGGAGUGGCCCGAGACCGUUCCAAAGCUUGAGGAAGUAAAUCAGGAAAAAGGGGGAGAGAAGAAUCUGAAGAAGCAAGUGGAAGAUGCGUUGCGGAAUUUUGCGCUUGUGGUGAUUGACCCGAUUGAGGUGGAUUAUGUCGAACUUGGUGUUAUACCGAAUCGGCGUACGAGGUUUUUUAAGGAGGGAUGGGAGUGGAAGGAGGAGGCGCUGGUGCCCUGAGUGUAUGCACUUCGGACAAAUUGGGACUGCUUAUAUGCGCUUCAAAUGAGUGGACAUGCCAUUUCUGAUUCCUGUACUGGAGCUUGUUGGACUCGCUAUCAUGCAAUUUGAAUUUAUAGUCU